AUGGUUUUAGAGGUGAUCUAUGUCGUGAGACAUGGGUAUCGCUCAAACUGGAACGUCGACCCCCAAACCGGGACAUACAGCAGCAACGUGCGCACUCCCACCGGCAACCCAGCAGACCCCUCCCUCGCCUCUUACGGCGUGCUCCAGGCCGAGCAACUCGGCACGCACCUCAUGACCCUCGACCCGGCGCCAAACACCCUCUACAGCUCCCCAUAUUACCGCUGCCUUCAGACCAUCGCGCCCUACACGCAGCACCUCGCGGAGCGCGACGGCGCAUCUAACGUGAAAGUCUGGCUCGAGCCCGGGCUGGGCGAAUUCUACGGCUCCGCGCGAUUCGAGCAUCCCAGUCCCUCCGGCCUCGACGAGUUGCGCAAGCAUUUCGACUACCUGUGCGCCGAGCCGAAGCCUAUCAUCGCGCCUCACAAGUUCGGCGAAAGUAUCCCGCAACUGCACGAUCGGCUGGCGUAUUGUCUGGAUCGAUUGAUCAAGCGGGCAGACGAGGAUCCCAAAGGCCCGAAGGCGAUUUUGCUGUGUUCGCAUGCUGCGGCCAUCAUCUCCAUUGGGCGCGCUUUGACGGGCCGCAUGCCGGAGGAGGUGGGAGAGGAGGAUUUCCAAUGCUACACUGCUGGUGUUUCGAAGUUCCGGAGACGAAAGCAGGCUGGCUCGUCGUCGCAGAAGUCCAAAGAUUGGGAUCCCCAGUAUUCUGACCGGGUGCCGGAUGUUGGGUGGAGGGAUGGCAGUGGGGUGGCUGGAGGUUGGGACUGCGAGCUCAACAGUGAUUGUUCCUUUUUGGAGAAUGGUGAAGAACGAGGCUGGUUCGUUCCGUCCUGCUCUCCCACGUCUACAUUUCAUCAUCAUUGA